AUGGAUCUCGCGUACGACCAUAUCCAGGAAGAGGCCUAUACUAAGAAUACCGAGGAGUCGGGGGAAAGCUCGAAGCAGGACCAGUCGGAGAAUUCCCUGAACAAUGAUAUCCAGGAAGCUUACAAGGCCAUAUCUGCAAGCCCAUGGGGUGCCAAGAUUGGAGGAUUCUUUGGAAAUGUAAUCAAACAGGGCGAAUCCGUCUACACCCAAGCUUCAAAGGAGUUCGCAGAGGUCGGCGAAGAUGCGCAAAAGGGAUUUACUAGCCUGCGAGAAACCAUCGUCAAUAGGACUCGCUCGCUCUCCCUAACUACCAUCAUCCCCGACAUGUCUGCUGGCAAUGAUGCCGAAGAAAGCCAGAAGACACCAACCAACGCAACGGCCCCGGCGACUGGGGAAGAGUCCGAGACUGUGCUUACGCGACUAAGGACUGAGGCCGGAAAGCGCUUGAAGGAUCUUCAGCGCGCUGAGGAUGCUGCAGACGAAGCGUUACUUAAAUUUGGAAGUAACAUUCGAGAUUUCCUGCGAGAUGCGAUCAGCGUUGCACCUCCAGAUGAGUCGGCCGAAAACAGCCAAGUCAUGUUUGAGAGCAAGGAUGCCCAGGGAAAGCGGGUGAUUCACACUUCGAGAUUCGACGCACAGCUUCACGUUAUCCACACAUCGACAGAGAGCUUUACCAAAGACCCAUCUGCUGAGGAAUACGAACAAUGGACGGAGGGCUUUGAUAUUGAUAAGAAGACGGAGGACAUUAGCGGCGACCUAGCAAAAUACCCCGAGCUGCGCGCAACUAUGGAGAAACUUGUGCCCGACCAGAUUCCUUACGCCGACUUCUGGAAGAGAUAUUACUUCCUGCGUCAUGGAAUCGAGACAGCUGAAUCUCGACGAAGGGAUCUCCUCAAAGCUGCAUCCGCUGAAGAUGAAGUAGCCUGGGAUGACGACGACUCGGAGGAAGAGGAAGAUGAUUCGGAAGAGGAUGAUGAAGAAUCCGAGAAACCUGCUCUCACCAAGAAGCCGAUUGCCGAUGUCAAGGGAAAGAGGCCCGACUCUAUCGCUUCAUCAACCACAAUCCAGUCGCCGAAACCUGAUGAGUCAAGGAAAUCCAACGAUGAAAAAUCCGAAGCUGAGACCGAUGCUAGCUAUGAUGUUGUCGGCGCGGCCUCAGGAAAGACGAGCCAGAUACCUACUCAGACGCCAAAUAGUCCCAAAGACCCCAAGAAAAAGGGAAAGAGCGCUGACAGUGACGAGGAGGAUGAUAGCGAUGAGGAGAGCGAGGGCGAAGACAGCGACGAAGACUGGGAGUAAUCCUGUGCCGCGUCUACUCCAUAUAUCUGUGUGCAUAAUCUGUUUCCUAGCACUUGGGCAAUUUGGCGUUUGGCUUUGCUAUCGCUUAUUCGGUAUGUCGAGUCAGCACAGCGUCGUGUGGUGUACCUAUUGUUUUUGGAUCAUGUCGAGUGGGAUAUUCUCCCGUGGCGGUAGCUUCCUGGCCCAGGUUUUCUGCUAUCCUAGGUCUACCUCUUCUUCUUGGUGACCAUGGUAAAGCCAUCCUCGUCGACUUCCGGGGCAGGCUUUUCCUUACGGACAGAUACCAGUGGUGGUGCCUCGUCCAUAUCCACAUCGCCUCCGUUGUCUCCAUCGUCCUCGUCGCUGUCUCCAGACUCCCAGUCUGUAUCUUGGUCCUGAUCCUCGGCUUUCUUGAACAUUUGAUCCACCUUGUUGGCCGUCCGAUUCGCGAAUCGUUCGUUCAGGGUCUUGACCUCGUCGCUGAAGUCACCGAUAGCACAUUGUGAUCUCGCUUUGACGAUGGAUCUAGCAACCUCCAGGCCAGAAUCAUCAUCGAUGUUGACCUCGAACUCGUCGAUCAUCACUUGCAGCAGCACUGUCUCAACGUCUUCCAUGUCCGGUUCGUCAGCGGCAUUGGUGGCUUUGGCGGUCUCUCCGGGCUGCGCAUCGGUAAACUCAGAGAAGAGGUCGACGACGGCGCCAGCAAACCAAUCUCGUUUGUCUGAAGAGUCGGGUCCUCCCCAGUUAUUCUGUACCGAGAGGGUCAGGGCCGGCCAUAGGUGUAGGGCGCAUGCGACGGCUUGCUCGAAGUUGGACUGUCGGGUUGCUGUAAUUACUCAGAGUCAAUAAAAGGAUACUCCAUAGUCUGAUCAUUAUCCUAGAUCCCACUCACCAGCCGGCGGCAGUUCUGUCGCGUCUGUAGAUGCCAUGAUUUCUGAUAAUGAAUGUAUUAAGCGGGGAUAUGGAGGGGCUCAAAAUGGC